AUGCCUUCCAGAGACGGUAGUAAGGCUUCAAGCUCUCAGGUGCCUUUGUAUUUGUGGGGAGGUUCCGAGGUGUACAAGAAGAGGUUUGUGGCCAACCUGCACUGCGUUACAAAUGAAGAUCAAUUCCAGAGGUGGCGGGCUGCUUAUGUCUCUGCAAUUCUUGACGACGUGCAUGUCAAGCUGGUGAAGCCUUUGACUGACAACAUGCCUUGCGUGGAUGCGAAUGAUUCGAAUGCCAGAAUCAUCACCUUCCGUCCCUUUUACUUCUCCUUGGGCUUCAAAUUCCCACUGUCAAAGCUUUUCAAGGAGGUAUUCUGCGCCAUGGAGUGUGCUCCAAGUCAGUGUACUCCGAACGUCUACCGGGCGAUCAUGUGUUUUGAAAACCAGAGCCGUUUCUUCAUGUUGGAGCUGACAGUACGAGAGUUCUUCUAUUUUUUUUGA